AUGCCCCUCAGCCGUCCUUGUUCUGAAUGCUUUGACGUUCAUGAAGAUGUCAAAGACCUCCACCAUCCUGUCUUCACAGUGAAGUUCAGACUGAACUCGGUAGCGACACUCGAUUCGAUUUCGAGUGUGGGCUCUGUCAAGCUUCCUCAAAUCAAGGUUCUUGGCACUGGAGGAACAAUUGCUGCCAAAGGUUCUACUGCUUUCCAGACAGCAGGCUACCAUGUAGAUUUGACCAUUGAGGACUUGAUCUCGUCCAUUCCUGAUCUUUCACAGACAUGUGACUUGCAGUUCGAGCAGGUGUGCAACCUUGACUCCAAGGAAAUUACCAACACCGAGCUUUUGCAAUUGAGAAACAAGGUCCAGGAGGCCAUUUAUCAGUACGAUGGUGUUGUCAUCACCCACGGAACCGACUCUUGUGAAGAGACUUCGUUCUUUUUGGACUCCACCAUUGAUACCCUCGGCAAGCCCGUUGUUAUCUGUGGCUCUAUGAGACCAUCCACAUCUGUCUCUGCUGAUGGUCCCUCUAAUUUAUACCAGGCAUGUGUGGUUGCCUCGCACAAGGCCAGUUGGGGGAGAGGUAUUUUGGUCACUCUCAACGACAAAAUCGGUUCCGGUUACUAUAUUUCUAAGACCGAUGCCAACUCCUUAGAUACGUUCAAAUCCUUGGGUUCAGGAUACUUGGGUAACUUCGUCAACGGAGAGGUCCACUACUACUUCCCACCACAAAGACCUACCGGUUUGCGCUACUUCCAACUUCCACUUGGCUUUGCUGGGCCCCUUUCUAAUGUCAUGAUUUUCUACGCUCAUCAAGGUUUCACUGCAGACAUUGUGAAAUUGGCAGUUGCAAACAUGAACGUACAUGGUAUUGUCAUUGCAACUAUGGGCUCCGGUUCUCUUCCUGAUGCUUCGAAUGCUGCGCUUGGUGAUCUUUCAGCCCAGAAACACUUGCCCAUAAUCUACUGUAAGCGUUCUACAGAUGGUAUGGUUCCUAUCGGCUCCAUGCCUAAAUCAAAUAAUUCUUUCCUCGUUGCGGGCGGCUAUUUGAACCCACAAAAGGCAAGAAUUCUCCUUCAAUUGUGUCUCCACGAAAACAUGGAUAUACGGCUGAUCCGUAGGGUGUUCUCUGGAGUUUACGGUGGUUAA